CAAGUCAACUAAGGGGAGACUACCAUGGAAAUGGAUGGCAAUAGAAUCGAUAGAGAGUCGAGAAUACACUACUGCCUCCGAUGUGUGGGGCUACGGAGUUACCCUCUGGGAAAUUGCAACACUAGGUGGAUUUCCGUACCCAACUAUUGCCAACGGAGACCUCCUGGAGUAUCUGAGAAAAGGGAAUCGUCUAGAGUGCCC